AUGUGGAAUCUAACUGCUUUUCCUUCUCUUUCUCUUCCCCACCCCCUCUUAAAUUAUGUAAACACACCAGAAAAAACUUUUCAGGUCAUGUUAACUCUGCCAUUUUUGGCUAGUUUCUUUUUAAUUUUUCUCCUUUUUUUUUUUCUUUUUCUUUCUUUCCUCCUCUUUUUCCUUUAUUUUCUUUCUUUUUUAUCCGUUCUGAGGCUACAGAUUCUUGCAGUAAUAACCGUUGACACAAAAUCCUCCUCCUCCUCCUCCUCUUGUUCGUCUUCGUCUUCUCCUCCUCCUCCCCUUCUUCUUCUCCUCUUCCUCCCCUUCUUGUCCUCCUCCUCCCCUUCUUCUUCUCCUCCUCCUCCUGUUCGUCUUCUCCUCCUCCUCCCUCUUCUUCUCCUCCUCCUCCUCCUGAUAGUCUUAUCCUCCUCCUCCCUUCUUCUUCUUCUUCUCCUCCUCCUCCUCUUCCUGUUCGUCUUCUCCUCCUCCUCCUCCCCUUCUUCUUCUUCUUCUUCUUCUUCUGUUCGUCUUCUCCUCCUCCUCCCCCUUCUUCUUCUUCUUCUCCUUCUGUUCGUCUUCUCCUCCUCCUCCUUCUUCUACCCCUUCUUCUUCUUCUGUUCGUCUUCUCCUCCUCCUCCUACUCCCCCCUUCUUCUUCUUCUGUUCGUCUCCUCCUCCUCCUUCUCCCCCCUUCUUCUUCUUCUUCUUCUUCCAUGCCCCAAUGUCCCUUCAGGUUGUUGACAUGAAUGUCUCUGCUUUGUAG